UGAAUUCCAAAAUAAGCCAAAAGAAGUACAAUAUACACCAUUGUCAGAAUCCUUUCAAGUCUAUCUGUGAAAAGGAGCUUUGGAUAAAGUCCUAGGGUCAUUUGGAAGGUUCUUUUUGCCAGUAUAGUGUAACAUAUCAAGUGAGAUAUGUCUUGCAUACCUAAGUAUUUGAAGUCGUACACAGACACUGUGAAAACAGCCUCUGAGAUCAGGAGUUUCAUAACUGUAAUCAGGUAUGAGAACUCAAUGGAAGGGAGCUCUCAGAUUCUUUUUGCUGUAUCCAGUUAAAGUUUAAUACACAAUGUGGGCAUGAUUCAUAUUCCAUUUAAAAUUCUUCUACUUAUAUUAUUUAUUUCCUGAAUUGAUUCCAGUUGAAAUGGAAUCAGCCUGUUGUCUGUAAAGAAAUAUCGUCCUUCAAACUUGUAUUUCAAGUAAAUGCAGGUUUUCAGUCAUUUAUCUGUAAUUAAGUUUGGAAAGAACUUUCAAACUAAAACCAUAAAAGUCAAACUUCUAUGUAUAUGACCAAACGUUGCUGCAAAAUUUUAAAUGUAACAUAAUUUUAAUGAUUCGCUACAUAAAUAGAAGGUUUGAGAAGGUUUGUUUAUUUUUGCAUUACUGUCUCAUAUUGUGAACUUUUGUAAUAAAUUAAUAUAAAGUGUAGAAUGUCUUACAGAUCUAUCUAUAAAAUAAGCUUUGAAUCAUGAAAGAACUAAGUAUUUAUUCCUAUUUAUUUUCAUAAGAGCUUUUAUGACCUGGAAUUCUGGCUGGAACCAUGGUGAAAUGACCAGCCACCACAGCUUAGAAUAUGCAUGCUGAAAGCUUCAGUGUUUGUUAUAUAACCUAAAGACAGUAAGUAGAUCAGUGUUUUGAUACUUGUAUAUGUAUCAAUGAUUGAACUGAAACAAUGAAAUUAAAUUUAAUAUGAAUAUCUGUUGCUCAGUAUCAUUAUUAUUACCUUCUUGGUAAUGACAUUUUCCAGCACUGUAGAAUCAGUUUGUGUAAUCUCCAAAGUGGUGAUGGAAAUUAGAAGUAUACAUCAUGGUCCAAGGUGGAGUUGCAAUCUUAAAACAGAUUAAACACUGGAAACACCAUGCCUUAAUAACAGCUCACUUGCAGAGAAUUAGUGGUAAACAGAAAUGUCAUGCUAUUAGAUGUAUUAGAAGAAAUGUACCAAGGUUCUUUGCAUAUUCUUGGAAAUUCAGAGGAAGAAUUCUGUUGCCUGAAUUGUUGAACUACAUAGACCAAUGGAAGUUGACCAACAUUUUAGAGGAAUGUAGCAGAGUGCUCUGCUUGCAUUCUGCUUCAUGCUGGUUUCUGAUUUCACUUUUCAAUCAUGAAAAUUGAAGUGACAUGUUACUUCGGAUCUUCGGUUGAAUUUCAUUGGGCUACAUGACAAUGUACUAUUCAUACCUACAGCUAUGGGAACCACAAAUCCAACUUGAAAAUACAUAGUCAUGUUGUGGUGAAGUAUGUGAAUAUUAUGGAUGUUAUCUGACAUUUGUGAUUAAUUUAUUCAUGAAGAAGGAUAGACAUGAGAAACGACGAAUUCUUAGAGCGAUAAAUUAACUUAUGGCUAUAAAGUGAUUCCUAUUAUGGGCUUAGUCUCUAAGUCAUUUCUGUAUACUGAAGCAAAAAAUAACUAAACCUGGGUCUUUUGAACAAUAACUGUAAAAGGUUGUGAACCUAAUCAGUAUGUCACAGUGUAAAGCAUUGUAAAAGGACGUUCCUUUAUCAUAAAUCCGUGCGGAGGUGGAUAAGAAUUCAGUUUUAACUUUUAGUUUAAUUUUACCGCUUCCUUGGAUCCGUUGAUGUUGUAGUUAGGUAAACUGUGUAUAGAGGUCAGGAAAACAUGGAAGCGUUAGAACAAACGAGCAUCGCUCCGCACAGCAGGUGUUUAUAUUUUCUGUCAAAGACGCUUAUUUAUGGGAAAUAAAACGUAAUGAGAACAACAAAACUUGAAGCAGUUUAGUGGUGGAGAUUAAUUUACAGGCUCCUUCAAGAAAUACAAGACAUCUUAGAAUUAACGAAUUGCAAGUAUGAAUUUCUCACCAUUUGGAGGUCACUUCCCAGCAUCCAUACCCACCAUUCAUCAGUUUGCUGCAAAAUUCACUCAUGAUGGGAGUGGAGGGGGCCUGCCACCACAGGCAGUUGGCGAUGGAGGAGGGGCAGGAGCUCGUUAUCACACUAGUCCUGGACCAGCUCAUUUUAAUCAGCAUCAUCCCCCUAUUGGGAUGCCAGUAAACAUGGGCAAGUAUAACCGAGGAGAUGGUGGGAACAAUCCUCCUGGUGGUGGAGGCCAGCCUCAGAUCAAUAUGAUGAAUCCAAACUCCUCCAAAUACCAUCCAGGAACCAAUUUGACAGGAACUCAUCAUUAUAGUGGGAAUGUUGGCAUCCCGUACAGCCAGGCAGGAGCAGUUCAACAACAACAACAGCAACAGCAGCAACAACAACAGCAAAGCCGACCUACCUCAUCACCAUCCAUACAGGACGGUCAGCAGCAAGGCAACAAGCGUGGAGUGUAUCAUGUGAGUGACAUGCAACCGCAGGACUUAUGUGCAGCCAUGAUGCGGGAGAACGCUGCUGUUGCUGCAGCAGCAGCAGCUGCAGAGAAGGAAAAGGACAUGAAACGUGAGGAAGCAGGUGGUGAAAAGGAUGAUGGAGGAAGACCAGGAUCCAAUGAGGCUGAGUACAGUGGCUCUAUGGCACUUCAUCACCAUCACCACCAACAUCAUCAUGCUACCCAGACUACAGCUACCAUGCCUGCCACCUGGCAGAGUUUGGCUGCCCCGGGAUCUACUGUGGCUGACUACCUGUCCCACCUGCCAGCCUCCACUCUUCCACUUAGCCUCCAUCACUUCCUCAAGUACUCUGCUGAAAACAUCAAGAAAGAAACGGAGAUGGCGGUCAAUGUUGGGGGUGGUCCUGCCAUUGGGGUUGCCAGUACAACAACACCUGGUGUGGUAGGGGGCGCUCCUGGAGUGCCUGGUGUUGCAAAGAAGAAGAAAAAGAAGAAGGCAAGCAAGGAAAAGAAGCCUCGACCAAAACCAGGUGAGAUUCGCCUCACAACCGCUUUAGAUGGCUCAACUUUGUAUUGUUGCCCUGAAUGUCACAUGGCAUAUCCAGAAAAAGAGUUACUGGAACAACAUUUGUUAGGACACACAUUGGAGCGCCGCUUUGUGUGUGACAUCUGUGGGGCAGGCCUCAAGCGAAAGGAUCAUCUAACACGCCAUAAGCAAAGCCACAACCCGGAAAGGCCGUAUGUGUGCACAGUUUGUCUUAAAGCAUUUAAACGAAAGGAACAACUGACCCUGCAUUUUGUGAUUCACUCCGGAGAGAAACGUCAUGUGUGCACCGAGUGUGGGAAGGGAUUCUACCGCAAGGACCACCUACGUAAGCAUACACGCAGUCAUAUUGCUCGUAGGGUGAAGGCAGAGCUGAGUCAGCAUGCGCCACAACCCCAGCAUCCCCCUACUCCACAGCAGCAUCAAGUGGCCACCGUCUCCGCAGAGCAACCACCACCUCCGCCAUUACUCUCCUGAAUGGCGGCCAAUGGGAACUAUGCCAAUGUUCCCAGCCUCCUUAACUCGGAUCUCCUGGCGUUCGUAUCCGCAGCCAAGGAUGCGUUCUGAACAUUUAUGCUUUGCCACAGCGUAGCUAGCAGUAGCAGCAGACUUCACAUUUGAAGUUGAUGCAUGAUUAGGUAUUGUAAUAUAAAAAUAAUCAAAGACAGGAAAGUCAGAUUUCUUUAUGCUAGUGUCUUGUGGAAAUUGACAGAAAAGUGUGUUUCAAUGAUAAAAAAUGUCUGCAGAUAAUAGUGAAAGCUCUUAAAGACGAACUGGAAUAUGUCAAAGUCAAGUGAUGGGUAUAACAUUUAAUGUUGAUUGUUAAAGACCUUGAACGUUUUGGCAAACAUUGCAGUUACCAUCUUCAAGGUUAAUGUAAUGGAUAAGAAAAGAGCAAUGGAAUAUUUAGGUCUCAUGAGGGAAGAUAAGUAGUGGUUGUUUAACAUAGUGACCUCGAUACUAGCCACUGGGCUGGUUCAUGGAGGUGGGAGGGAACAGAAGAAGCAGUUUCACUUCAGACUUUACCCAGUCUGUACACAUAGUCCUUGAUUU